AUGGUGGCCUAUGGCCCACAAGCUAAGCUUAAUGCAAAUCGAGCGAUACCAAUAUUUGAAGAUCGCUUGGCAGAUGUCAUCGAGUUUGAUAAGUACGUUUACCUCAAUGACACCAACGUCGAGCAAAUUGACGCAUUCCUCAAACUGCUCAGAGACCAGGCAACACUUGUACCAUCAACCUUAACAUCUGGUGUGCCCGAGGAGCAGGAGGAGGAGGAUGAACAGAAAGGGGAGGAGGAGAAGGAGCAGAUGGAGGAGCAGGAAACAUACAGCAAGGAGAUGGAGGAGGAAAAGAAGGAGAAACAAGAGAAGGAGCCAGACAGAGAUGAGGUUCCGGCGGGCGAGGUGGAUGACAAGGUUGUGAUUCCGGACAAAAACAAGUUUUGGCUGAUGGACAAUCCUGCAAAGAAGGAGGAACAAUUAUGGGAAUUCCUUGAAGGAAUGCAGAGCAAGGAGGAGGUUGAGGACAAAGAAAUGUUUGAGCUGAUGGAAAACCCGUCAAAGAAGGAGGAACAAUUAUGGGAAUUCCUGGAAGGAAUGCAGAGCAUGGAGGAGGUUGAGGACAAAGAAAUGUUUGAGCUGAUGGAAAACCCGUCAAAGAAGGAGGAACAAUUAUGGGAAUUCCUGGAAGGAAUGCAGAGCAUGGAGGAGGUUGAGGACAAAGACAUGUUUGAGCUGAUAGAAAACCCGUCAAAGAAGGAGGAACAAUUAUGGGAAUUCCUGGAAGGAAUGCAGAUCAAGGAGGAGGUUGAGGACAAAGACAUGUUUGAACUGAUGGAAAAACCGGCAAAGAAGGAGGAACAAUUAUGGGAAUUCCUUGAAGGAAUGCAGAGCAAGGAGGAGGUUGAGGACAAAGACAUGUUUGAGCUGAUAGAAAACCCGUCAAAGAAGGAGGAACAAUUAUGGGAAUUCCUUGUAGGAAUGCAGAGCAAGGAGGAGGUUGAGGACAAAGACAUGUUUGAACUGAUGGAAAAACCGGCAAAGAAGGAGGAACAAUUAUGGGAAUUCCUUGAAGGAAUGCAGAGCAAGGAGGAGGUUGAGGACAAAGACAUGUUUGAGCUGAUAGAAAACCCGGCAAAGAAGGAGGAACAAUUAUGGGAAUUCCUUGAGGGAAGGCAAAGCAAAGAGGAGGGUGAGAUCAAAGACAAGUUUGAGCUGAUGGAAAAGCCGGCAAAGAAGGAGGAACAAUUAUGGGAAUUCCUUGAAGGAAUGCAGAGCAAGGAGGAGGUUGAGGACAAAGACAUGUUUGAGCUGAUUGAAAACCCGGCAAAGAAGGAGGAACAAUUAUGGGAAUUCCUUGAGGGAAUGCAAAGCAAAGAGGAGGGUGAGAUCAAAGACAAGUUUGAGCUGAUGGAAAAGCCGGCAAAGAAGGAGGAAGAAUUAUGGGAAUUCCUGGAUGGAAUGCAGAGUAAGGAGGAGGAUGGGGACAAAGACAAGUUUGUGCUGACGGAAAAACUGGCAAAGAAGGGGCAAGAAAUACGGGAAUUCCUUGAAGGAAUGCAGAGCAAGGAGGAGGUUGUGGACAAAGACAAGUUUGUGCUGACGGAAAAACUGGCAAAGAAGGAGGAAGAAAUAUGGGACUUCCUUGUAGGAAUGCAGAGCAAGGAGGAGGUUGUGGACAAAGACAAGUUUGGGCUGAUGGAAAAGCCGGCAAAGAAGGAUGAAGUAAUAUGGGAAUUCCGGGAGGGGAUGCAAAGCAAGGAUGAGGAUGAGGACAAAGACAAACUUGCGCUAAUGGAGAGUGAGUCAAGACUGGAGCAGGAUGUACUGAAAAAUAAAAAGCAUAUGGAAAAGGAGGAAGAGGGGGUGAAGAUUAUGUUCCUGGUAGAGGAGAAAAUCAAGGACAGGAAGACUGAAACAGAGGAAGGGGUAUCCAAGGACAUUGAUGGAGGGAGGAGGAGACGGAAAUGGUGGAGAAGAUUCGUAUGUUGUGUUUAG